AUGCAGCGUACGGAAGACACCUCAAGUGGACCGCAUCCCUCGGCCCACGAGAAAUGCCGCGACGCUUGCUUUCGGCUAUCACGGCCCCCUUGGGCUCCACCAGGGAGGCUCGUCCCUGGCUUGGCGCUGGUCUUUCUGGCGUCGGCAGGGUUUGGUCAGCUCUUUUUGGAGAUCGGGCAUCCGCGCGUGCCCCUGCCCCCACGCUGGAGGAUGCUAGUCGCAGAGCAAAGCAUGGAGGUCUUACAUCUUCCUUCCCUCUCGACUACAUCGACGCUGAACGUUGUCGUGGUCCCGGGAAACCCAGGCAUUCCGCAUUUGUACUGCAGCUUUGCUGAAGACCUGCAGCGAUCCAUUCUAGGAGAUGCCGAGAUGCACAUUCUUGGCUACAGCAAUUUCGUGACAGAGACCUUGCCCAACAGAGUGGCGACCAUCGAGGAGGAAGCAGAGUCUUUGGGGGACCUCCUUGAGGAAGUCAUCGGCCAAAGCGAGAAUGUUCUACUCGUCGCACACUCCAUAGGUGCUUGGUGCAUGCUGCGGCGAAUGCAGAAGCGACCACUCUGGCACAACCGCCGCUUCCUCGCCGUGCUGGCCAUGCCGUUUUUGGAGAUUGAUGUCGAAAGUGAGAAGUCCCGGCAGAAGACCUUGCGCGACCUGGUUCUGUCACCCUGGGGACAAGUGGCUGUGCCAGGCUUGGCAAAUCUGUUGACGUUGCUCCCAGAAAGCCUCAAGGAGGAGGUGGCCCUUUCACAGGGAGCCGAGCCCGACUCCCCCGAAGCGAAGCAGCUGCUGAGCACCUUUGGGAAGCAGGCACAUCAUUUCGAGAGCAUGGCUUUCAUGAGCAUAAGCGAAUUCAACCAGUUGCUUCCGGGAAGCGAAGACAGUGGCUUCUUCCUGCUGAAGCAGCUUGCCGAGAUCGACUUUCCUCUGCUUUUCCUAACCGUUGAUGUUGACACCUGGUGCCCGCAGGCACACUCUCAGCGCUUGGACAACCUGGCGCAGAACAUCUUGCCGUUUGCACAGCACCUGCGUCUUGGCACUGUUCCGCACGUCUUUCUCUUCUGCAGCUCCCAUCGCCGUGCCGUCGCCGACGCUAUUUGCAAGGUCUGGAAGAGCCAGGUGCUGCAGGGCUUGGCAUUGACCAGCCUCGUUACCUCUGCAGCUCAACUCCCCAUGCUGAUCGCACCCGAGCUCGCAGCAGGUGCCUCUGGACCGGUGCUGUUGGCCUCCAGAUCGCCUCCUGAUUUUGCAGUGGCCGUGCGCUGGGUUGACACUCUCCUCGCCCCCUAUGUCUGGCUCAUCACCUCUUUUGGCAGCGCCCUCUUUGUAUCAAUCUAUGUGAUCAACUUCAUCAGGUUCCUGAAGGACUUCGACACCUUUACGAAGAUGAUGGAGCGCUUCCACCUGCCGUGCCCGCGUGUGAUGGCUGCCGGAGGGCUGCUCUUCAUGUCCGCAGGUUCGGCCUUCUAUCUCACAGGCAUCAACAUUUGGAUGCUGCUGGGCACGGUGCUUCUGCUGAUGUUUCUGAUUGCUUCAACCUUUUUUGGACACUACAAGCCCUGGAAGCAAUCCAAUGACCUGAGCCACUUCUUCAUGAUGCUGAAGAACAUCGGCAUGUGUGGGCACUGCCUUGCCACCGUCGGCUUCGAAGUGUCGCAGACUCGGGCCGUGCCGGACUCACAGACUGAUGGAAGGUCUCUUCACGAAAUGCUGGAAGCAUGCUGGGCCUCUUUCCGUCCCUAUUCCUGGAUCCUUCAGUCUUCCGGGAUGGUACUCUUUACUACGCCGUUUCUUUUCUCAUGUCUCCACUACGCGAUGGACAUCAAUAAGCUGGUUGGGAUGAUCAGGGAAUCUGGUCUUGGCCGUUGUGCAGCUCGGCUUUUUGCCCUCCUCGUGGUGAUGCUCCUGCUGGUGUCUUCCUUCCUCUACGUGAGUGGUGUAGCGAUCCUUGUGGAGUUCGGCGCCCUGGGUUUCUUGACCUUCCUGCUCGUUUCCACCUACUUCAGCCACCUGAAGCCCUAUUUGCAGUCAGGAGAGAAGAUACACUACCUGCACAUCCAGAAGAAUCUGUCUUUGGCCGGAGGCUGUGUCAUGGUGCUUGGCGUCGCCAUCUCCGAGGGAGGUCGUUCCUGA